AUGGGCUCCCUCCCGGAGCUCCCGAGCCGCCGCCUUUGUUCUCUCCCCGCCGGGCUCGGGGGGGCCGCGCUCAGCCCGGAUUUGGGGGGAAAUCCCGCGGUUUGGGCCUCGCCGGAGCGGCCGGAGCAGCCUCUGGGACGGGGGCGGGAGGAGAGCCUGGAUUCGGGUCCUUCCCGGGGCCGAACGCUCGGGGUUUGGGUCAGAAAGACGCUGAAACCCAGGGAUUGGAAUCGCGUUUGUGGAUUCAAAGAGGGGCUCGGGAGCGGCCGAAGGGACCCUUCGAGGAAACACGCCCUGAACUGCCACAGGAUGAAACCAGCCCUGUUCAGUGUCCUGUGUGAGAUCAAGGAGAAAACAGGAAUUGGGGCCAAAAUUGUGAAAAGAGGCCGAGGAGGAGGAGGAGGAGGAGGAGGAGGAGGAGGAGGAGGAGGAGGAGGAGUUGGAGCGCUGGCGGGAGCAGCGGCAUCAGGUGGCUGUCCCAAUGACAAUAGCAUUGAGCACUCUGACUACAGGGCCAAGCUGUCCCAGAUCCGACAGAUUUACCACUCUGAGCUAGAGAAAUAUGAACAGGCCUGCAGCGAGUUCACCACGCACGUGAUGAACCUGCUGCGGGAGCAGAGCCGGACCAGGCCCAUCUCCCCCAAGGAGAUCGAGCGCAUGGUGAGCAUCAUCCACGGCAAGUUCAGCACCAUCCAGAUGCAGCUGAAGCAGAGCACCUGCGAGGCCGUCAUGAUCCUGCGCUCCCGCUUCCUGGACGCCAGGUACGGCCCCGGCCCCUGUGGUGGGAUUUGUUUUUCUCUCCAACUCACGUGGGACUUGUUGAAGAACCGUUUUUGGUGGGUUGGUUGCUCAUUAAAACUGAUUUAUUUUUUUUUAAUAAAAAUUCCUUUCUUUGUUUUUUUUUCCCCAGCUUCCUCUGGCUCUUUUAAGAUGACCAGCUCUGGGGAUUCCUUUAUAAACCUGCAGUCCCUGACCUCCUACCAGAGCUCUCCUGUGGGAGCCAAUGUGCAGUCCCAGAUGGAUUCCCUGCACCACGUCAUCCACCAGACGGGCAGGUACGACCCGCUCGUGGGGAACCCCCUGUACACGACGCAGCGCCUCGACGCCAAUGGCAGCUGGCAGGACCCCACCACCCCCUCAUCCAUCACCUCACCUGCCGGAGACCCGGGGAGCGUCAACUCCGACGCCUCUAAUUAAGUUUUUAGGACCUUCUGAUGAGAGGAGAGAGGUCAUUAGUGUAAUUAGUCAAUGUUGCUCUUUUGCCAAUAUAAUUGUUGACUCACAAUUAAUUAAUUACCUCAGAACAAACCAAUAGAUUGUGAUUGCAGCGACACCUCUACCUCUCACCGCCGAGUUCUUCACCCCAUCGGGACCUGAAAUUGUUUUAAAGCAACUUCAUUUCCCUCACCAAAUUCAGUUUUUUUAAUAAAAAAACGUGGAUUUUAUGGUAAGAACCUGAAAAAAAAGAAGUGUCUCUUGGAACUUGGCGUUUUGUCUCCAGCUUUACAGCUGAAGAAAAUCGAUUUAUUUUCAUUUCUGUCAGGUUUUUUACGCUGGGAUUUCCGUUCUAGGUGAAUAGUUACUGACAGUUAAACCCCCGUAUUGUAAUUGUAUGUUCUCUGUAUUGUAAUUUUGUAUAGGAAAUUCAGCUUUUCUUAACUGAUUUAGCGAAUUAAUCAGAACGUCGCUUUACCAAACCUCUCACUGGACGUCGCUCGUGGGUCGGACCUUCCAUCGGUGUCAUUUAACGUCGGAAAAUUUAAUGGCUUUACUUUUCCGGUGAAAAAGUGGAAAAAAAAAAAAAGAAAGAAAAAACCCCCAACCACCACAAAACAGCCGAACCACGGGAUUUCCCCCUGGAUACGAGGGGGGUUUGUGCAUUUGCUGUUAACAGUCCGCCCCUUUCAGCUGAGAUUUUAUCAAAGAUUAAUAAACUUCCAAAGCCUUUU